AUGGCUCCUUCAGGUACUGAGACAAACUAUCCUCAACUACUCUAUCCAAAGGGGAAAGCACCAAGUCAAAAGAAGAGCAUGAGUUACUAUAGCUACUUGUCUAAUUUUCAAAUGGUUCAAGAAGGAGUGGGAAACGAUGCAUGGGAUGAUUUGAAAGAAUCUUCAGUUGGUGUUUUCCUAAGUUUUUAUGAAUCGGCACCCAUAUGGAGCGCAAAGCUGGUCCACUACAUUCUGACUCAUCAGCUCAUUGUGAAGAAAUAUUAUGAGAUAUGGUCAUUGAUAGAUUGCCAGCCAAUUCGUCUAUCAUUAAUAGAGUUUGGGGAGAUAACCGGUUUGAAUAUUGAACCAUUUAACGUUGAAGACACUUUUGAUGUGGAUCAUAGAGACUUCUGGGGGGAAUUACAAGUUUCUCCAGCCAUUGGUCCUAACCUGGUUGAGCUGCGGAAGGUGGUUAAUAGCUGUAGUAAGUGGAGUUUUGAAAAAAGAAGAAGCGUUGGAUGGUUGUGUAUUUUGCACAUUGCUGUCUACGGCAUGGCUCCAACGAGUAGAAUCCCUUUGGAGACUGCCAAACGAGUACUUGAUGCUGGCGCCUUUGAGAGAUAUCCGUGGGGUCGUAUUGCUUGUAAGAGCUUUUUAGUGAAAUAUAAUCAAAAAUUAAUUAUUUGA